AGUGGUGGAUGAUCAGGAUUUCUUCAGGGGCUAUGCUACAUCUGUCUCCUUUGAUGGCUGGAUUGGAACUGAUAAUCGGAGCUAGAAAAUAACCCCAACCUGCAUUGAACCUUGGAUGUGUUUGUAAUUCUUUACCAGUGUUGUCACUGGCACGUCUCCUCUUUUUUCUUUGCUGGUUGUUUUUGCCUUCUCUGAGACUGGCUAGCAGGCACUGCAGCAUGAGGACUGCAACAUCCAUGAAGCGGUAGAGCAUGAGGACCCAGGGGCGACCCUAAGGAAGGGCUUGAGUACUUCCAUUGCUACCACAGCUGAGCUGAGCGAUUGGGACAGCAGGUGGAGGAGAAGAUGCUUAUGGCCCGAGACACUGCGCGGGAUGAGGCACAGAAGCUGCACAGGAAGUGGCUGAAACACCAGGCCUUUAUGACAGAGCUGGCCCGCAAUAAAGAAUGGCUGGCCAAGAUAGAACAGGAGGGUCAAGAGCUGAUCCAGGAGAAGCCGGAGCUACGUUCGGUCGUGCAGCAAAAGCUGGAGGAGAUCAGGGAGUGCUGGUCCGACCUGGAGACCACAACAAAGGCUAAGGCCCGCCAGCUUUUUGAAAAUAACAAGCCCGAGCCAGCAGUCAAGAGCUAUUCAGACCUUGACAGUCAGCUGUCCCAUUUGGAGCAGCAGCCACCGCAGCUCGAGCAGGCACACCAUCUGCCCACCUUUAAUGAACAGCUCCAGAAAUUCCAGGCUAUGGAAUCUCAGAUUGGGGACUUUUACAAGGAUGUGGGAGAGUUAGGAAGUUUGCAGGGGCUAAGCGUACCCCAGCGAGGCCUGAUGGCAGGUGACAAAGAGGGCGCUGAGCAGUUGGGUGAAGUGGAGACCCGCAUCGUUCGACUGAUUGAGCCACUGAAGGAGAGACGUCGCAUCCUGCUGGCCUCCAAGGAGAUGCACCAAGUAGCCCAGGAUCUGGAAGAUGAAAUACUGUGGAUCCAAGAGCGGCUUCCCCUGGCCUCCUGCAAGGAUUAUGGAACUAACCUCCAGAGUGUACAGCACUAUCUGAAAAAGAACCAGACACUUCAACGAGAGCUGACAGGGAGGCGAGCACGAAUUGAAGAGGUUUUAGACCGGGCUGGAAUUAUUGCCUCACUGAGAACUCCUGAGGUGGACUUUGUGCGUGAAGGGGCGGGGCAUGUGCGCCAGCUGUGGGAGGUUUUGCAGCUGGAGACAGAAAGGAGAUCUGUGAUGCUGGAUGCUGCACUACAGGCUCAGCAGUACUACAGUGAGGCAGCUAAAGUGGAGUCCUGGCUAUCAGGGCAGAAGCUCCAUGUGGCCAGUGAAGAAAAAGGAACAGAUGAGGCAAGUACACUGCAGCUACUAAAGGCCCACCUGACUCUGGAACAAACAGUGGAAACCUAUGCAGAGACAGUAGGCAUGCUGUCCCAGCAAUGCCAGCGUCUACUGGAGUUGGGACACCCGGAGAGUGAGCAGAUUACAAAGCAGCAGUCCCACAUAGACCGGCUGUAUGUGUCACUCAAAGACAUGGUGGAGCACAGAAAGGCCAAGCUGGAACAACAGUACUGGCUCUACCAGCUUCACAAGGAGGUAGAGGAGCUAGAGAAAUGGAUCACUGAGCGUGAGGCAGUGGCAGCUUCCACAGAGCUGGGCAAAGACCUGGAGGAUGUAACGGCGCUUCAGGAGAAGUUCACCAAGUUUGCCUCAGAAACCUUCAGCACUGGCGAACAGCGCAUGGAGCAAGUGAACAAAAUGGUGAAUGAGAUGAUUGACUGUGGUCACUCAGAUGCAGCCAACAUCGCAGAGUGGAAAGAUGGACUGAAUGAGUCAUGGGCUGAUCUCCUGGAGCUCAUGGAGACCCGCAGACAGAUGCUGGCAGCAUCACACCAACUGCACAGAUUCUUCACCGACUGCAAGGAGGUAAGGCAACUGCAGGAGAAUGCUGCCCAGUUGAGGACAAUCUAUGCUGGUGAGAAAGCUGAGGCCAUUAUGGUCAAGGAACACGAAGUGAUGGAGGCAUGGAAGGAACUGCUGAGAUCUUGUGAAGCCAGUCAUAUCCAGGUGACUUCUGUAACCGACAAGGUGCAGUUCUUCUCUGUGGUGCGAGAAAACUUAAUGUGGAUGGAAGGCAUCAUGGGCCAAAUAAGAUGGGACGAGCCGAGGGAUUUGACAGCUCUGGAAGUGAUGAUGAAACAACACCAGGAACUAAAAGCCAAAAUAGAUGGUCGCAGCAAGACCAUCCAACAGUGUGCAGAUCUUGGCAAGAUUCUGAUAGCUGCAGGCAACACUGCAUCAGAGGAGAUAAAGGAGAAGUUGGACUGUCUUUUGACUAAGCAAAGGGAUCUAGUGGAAAAAUGGGACAAGCACCAGGAAAGGUUGCAGUGUAAACAAGAAAAAUUCCAGUUUGCUCAGGAGACAGUAAAGGCAGAGGCCUGGCUAAAAGCCAAGGAGCCACUUAUCUCAUCCAAGCAAGAGGGAGAAGAGGCCCAUGCCCAAACUGAUGAGGUUGAGCAACUCAUACUUCGCCAUGAGGCCUUCCGCAAGGCUGCUGUAACGUGGAAAGAACGCUUCAGCUCCCUUCGCCAGCUUUCCGCAGCUGAGAAGAAACAAGAGGAGGACAAAAAGACAACUCCGCUUUCUAGUCGAAGGAUGUUCCCGUUAUCUUGUCUGACUCCCAGUGUUCCUUCGAGCAGUGCUACCUCUUCUUUCUUGAGGCAUUCAAUACCAGUUCAUGUGAAACACAAACCUUUACAAACCAGCUUGGAUUUGGGUGCCUGUUCCUCAACCCAGAGAUUAACAACAACACUAGCUAGCUAUAACACAGUUUUAAAUGGAUCAGGCUACCAUGGACCAGAUCAACAAGCAGGAAAGUUGAUAAGCACCACAUACUUAGGUGUGAACCAACAGACAACUGGAGCUGACUCUGGUUUCUCUGCAUCCCAGAGUGGUGGAGCAGACAUUUCUACUUACCAUGGGGUAAAUCACCAAACAGCUGGUAGUGCAGAGAGUUCUGGAUACUAUGGAGUGACCACUGGCUGUGUAGGUGGUAUGCAAAAUCAUCUAUCUGGUGGUAAGUUAGGAAGUUCAGGAAACAUCACUCAGCAGCCAAGCAGUGGAAGUCUAGGAAGCCCUGGCUUUCUGACUCAACAAAAUAUGGGCAGUUCUGGAUAUUUGGCACAACCACAAAAUUUUGGAAGUUCUGUUUAUUUGGGACAGCACCCUAAUAUGGGAAGCUCUGGGUAUUUGGCACAACAGCCUAAUAUGGGAAGCUCUGGGUAUUUGGCACAACAGCCUAAUAUGGGAAGCUCUGGGUAUUUGGCACAACAGCCUAAUAUGGGGAGCUCUGGGUAUUUGGCACAACAGGCUAAUAUGGGGAGCUCUGGGUAUUUGGCACAACAGCCUAAUAUGGGGAGCUCUGGACACCUGGCACAGAAUUAUCAGGGCAGUGGUGGAUUAGGAAGCUCAAGCUAUUUGGCACAAAAUCAUUACAGCAGUGGAAGUUUAGGCAGCUCUGGUUACCUGGUUCAGAGUGGAGGCAUCAUGGACCCUAAGAUGGCAUAUGCAUGGCAGCACCUGAAAGCUGACUUCAUGCAGCCCAAGAUCAAUCACAUACACAAAGCUAUAAACCCUCUUCUGGAGGCUAGCAGAUUGCAGCGAGAACAGUUUGGGGAUAUUCCAAUGGCAGAUAUGAUGGGGCCAGAGUCAGGACUGGAACUUCUUCAUGGCCGUCUCCAGAGGGAUCCCCGUGGUAGUCGUUCUGAUCCACAGAUGGACCAUCUGAGGCGAGAGCGAGAAUAUAAACUGGGAAGACAGACCUCCAGUGAACAGGAAAUCCAAGCCCGGCUGAAUGAGCUGCCACUAAUAGUGCGGCAGGAGCGUUACCGGAGGCGCAUCGAGAGGCAGUCAUCCAGUGAACAAGAGGGCAGCAACAAGCAGAGGCUACAGAGACAGGAUUCGAGUGACCUAGAGGGCUCUGUUAAAGAUGGCUCUGACAAACGCUCAGGGGAGAAGAGAUCCACCAUGGCAGAGAUUGUGGAACAGGUCCAGGAGAGAGAGGCAGCACAUGCACGUGGAGAGCCUUAUCGUCCUCCUAGCAGUCUCUCAGCACCCGUGACUCGUUCUGAUGGACGCCCUCGAGCUCGAGACCGUCCUAAACCUAGGAGGCGUCCCCGUCCAAAAGAACCUGAGGGAACUCGCCGUUCUCGCUCAGCCCCAGCUACUGGUGCCCCAACAACACCCCAGCCACCUUCUCACACAGCUCAAAAUGAAGGAUUCCUCUACCGUAAAAAGGCCACCAGCACUGACCUUGAAGCUCAACAGAGGAGCCCCAACAGCAAAUCCUGGGUGAACGUAUACUGUGUGCUGAAAGAUGGAAUGAUGACUUUCUACAAAGAUGCUAGGAACCACACCACAACAUACAAUGGAGAGCCCACUGUUGACCUCAGUAACUGCUCAUUUGAUCCUUCAGUGGGGUACAAGAAGAAGAAAAAUGUCUUCAUUUUGCAAGUAAACGAUGGAACCAAUUUAGUCUUUCAUGCAAGAGAUGAGGAGGACUUGAAGGCUUGGACUUCAAAUAUCACCGCCUCCAUAGCUGAACACGACGACAUGGCUAAGUGGGACAAGCCAGGCACCUCAUCCAUGGACCCUGACCACUCCGAAAGGAAGGAGAAGUCAGAAGGGGACGCAGACAUGCAGUCAGAAAGGUCUGAGCUGGGGGAGGGGGAGCAGGGCUCAGAGAAAGGUGAAGUCUCAGAGAAGUUAGACACGUCUGAAAUUGCUGACAAGUUGGAAUGUGGGGCAGGCGGGUCCAGCACAUCCGGAAAAAGCAAAUGA